AGGAGACAGCCGGUGCUGUAGACAGUCGAGUCCAUCAUUACGUUUACACGCCACUUGCCGAGAGAACAACAGCUGUUAUAACCUGCUCCAGUUAAAGACGCACGAUUUUUUGUCGAAGGAAUUUAUAUCUAAUUUAACAAUAUGCAGGAACAAGACAUUCCGAUUGACAUCAAUGCUGGAAAAUUGUCGGAUUGGCUAAUUAAUCGAAGGCAUUGCAAGAAAGACUGGCAUACGAACAUUUUGACUAUCAGAGAGAAAAUUAAUAAUGCAAUACAGAACAUGCCUGCUCACGAUGGCAUUGCCUCGUUGUUGUCUGGCGCCUAUAUAAAUUAUUUCUACUGUGUGAAAAUUGUGGAAAUCCUGAAGGAAACGGAAGCAGACACGAAAAAUUUAUUCGGGCGUUAUGGCUCACAGAGAAUGAAGGACUGGCAAGAAAUUUUACGACUGUAUGAAAAGGAUAAUAUAUACCUUGCCGAAGCUGCGCAAAUACUUAUGAGAAAUGUUAAUUAUGAAGUCCCAAAUAUCAAGAAGCAAAUACAGAAGUUGGAGCAAAUGUUAACUGAAUUGGAGAAAAAAGAGACUGAGUAUAAAAAAUCAGAAAAUAUCGCGCAUACGGAGUAUAAUGGACUUUGCAAACAAUUAGGUAUAACUGGUUAUAGUACAGUCAGACGCGAGUUAAUGGAUAAGGUGAAGGAAUUGCCGGAAAUUUAUCAGAGAGUGGCAGAGAAAACGAAAAGCUUAGACAAGGUUGUGGAGUUUUAUAGUGCAUUUGUUGAAUUCACUUUUGGGCAGCAGUAUGACAAUGAUUGCGUGUCGAUGAUUAAAUAUAUUAUCGAAAAGGGAAACACAACGACGUUUGAAUAUACUUACGGAGAAGCACCGAUGUCAAUAAUUGAUCCGUCAUUGAAUAUUAAAGCAGAUGAAGAUGAAAGUAAUGGAAGACCUAAUGUGGAUGCCAAUACCAUUGACUUCGGCAAUUUGGAUUUGGAAUACGGAGAAAUUGAUUUCGGUGAAGAAGUUGAUUUGAAUGCAGGAGGCGGUAUUGAUUGGGGAGAUGAAAGUACGGUACAACCUGCAGAGGAAAUAGAUUAUAAUAUCUCUUUGGAGGAAUCGGGUAUAGUUGUGGAAGCGGCAGGUCAUGAAGGUGGUGUGGCUAUGGGAUCUGAAGCAUACACGAUAUUAGACAAUCCAACAACGAGAUCCGAAUUUAUCAAUCAACUAUUUGAACUGGAGGCAUUUAUGAAGUUGCGUCUAUAUGAGUUUAAAGGCGACGAUAGGAACAAUCUCUUGAGCUUUAGUCAGAUGCAGGAUGCUUCAUCUAUUUUGCAACUUUCUACCACGGAGACUACUCAGAACAUGCUGGAUAACGUUCAAGUUAUCCUUUCUGAAAUAUUACAUAAUAACGUUCAACAUUUACAUAACAUCAAACAUUAUCCAAGAUACGUGGAUGUAGUGGCUACUACUUUAAAGCAAAAAUUGAAUCUGAUAGACAGAAUGGUAACCCAACAAGAAUCGAUGCGACAGAAGCAAGAGGAUACGCAAAAUCAAAUUAAUAAAUUACGUCCGCUUUUAAAACUUGUCAUACAAAGAACUAAGGAACUGCAAACAGAGAUAGAGCAAGACAUUUCGAAAAAGUACAAGAACAGAACGGUUUAUCUGACCGGAGGUGUAAAUAUGUUAUAGGUGUUGGACAAUAGAGAUAAAACUGUUGAAUUUUGUAUUAAGAAGAAUUGUGUAAAUAAUAUCUACGCUAAAAUAACACGUGCAAAUGAAUUUUGUUAUUGUAUAAUAUAUGUACAAUAUAAUUUUUUAUUU